UAAAUAAAUAAAUAAAUAAAAUGAAAGUGUGAAGAACUUAGCAGAAGCAUGAGAGAGAGAAAUAAGGAGGUUAUUGGGUUCUGACAUAGCCACCAUUUUUCAUUGCACUGCCACCUCUAUCUACAGCCCCGCCGCCUCCUGUAUUGUGGUCCUUUCUCUAUACUCAUGUUGACCACGUUGACCUCAUUCAACCAAAUUUCAAGUGAACCCCACACAAGUUUUUUAUUUCCAUCUUUGCUCCCUUGUUCCAUUUCAGUUUAUUCAAAACAAAAUUAAUUAGGAGCCAGCUUUUAAGCGGAAAAAACCAAUCUAUUAAGAUUUCAGAAUAUAGUGAAUUAAUUGUAUCACAUAGUAGGAGAUUUAUUCAAAGAUUUGUUGGUGGUUCUUUCUGCGUAUUUUUGGGUAAUUAAAGUGCAUGCAAACAUGGUAACAAUUGCCGCGGUUUUACUCUGAACCCAGCCGAUCCUUCACAUAUAUAUAAAGACAUAACCACACACACUAAAGGAUCAUCGGAGAGCAGAAAAAAGCAUGGAACAAGAAGGAGAAGGAGGAGAAGACACGAACAAGAAGGAGAAGCAAAAGCAGUUAGUGGGAGAUGCAAAAGCAGCAGCAGCAGCACAAGUAGCAGUUGCAGUGAAGUGUCCAAGGUGUGAUUCCAUGAACACCAAAUUCUGUUACUACAACAACUACAGCUUGUCGCAGCCUCGCUACUUCUGCAAAGCUUGCAAAAGGUACUGGACACAUGGCGGAGCCUUGAGGAACGUUCCCGUUGGUGGCGGUUCUCGCAAGCCCAAGCGUGCAAAGCUUGCUACUAAUCAUUCCUCAGAAGCUACGGUUGUGGGGGUUCCGGCUCCUUCUUCUGUUUCUUCUGUCACUCCAUUUUUCCAAGGUGGUGUUGGUGGGUUUCUGUCUUCUUCUCUUGGUGGUUCUGGUUUUAACAAUGUGGGUUCCCAUCAUUUCUUUGAUCAAAUGAUGAUUGGCGGCGCAGAUGAACAACAAGGAUUCAUGAUGAAUGAGAAUAGGGCCCUUCCUCUCAUGAACCCUGAUGGAUCUAUGUGGAGUACUUUGAUGACCACCACCACUCACAUCAACAAUAAUAACAAUUCAAGUGGUGCUUCAUCUUCUGCUUCUGCUUCUGCUGAUGCUGCUGCUUUGAUGCUGAAUCAGUGGCCUAGCACUGUCACAAGGUUUCCCCCUCCUCCCCCGGAUCCAUCAUCUUUUUGAGCUCUGUCUCCAUGAUCAAUCAUGCUUUCUCCUGCAGCUUCAUUUGUUUCUUGCUUAAUUUCGGUUUUAACCGUUUUUAGCUGAAACAAUGCUAUUAAGUGUACAUCUUCAACUUUUUGAUCCAUAGGUGAAAAAGAAAAAUAAAAUCAAAUAAAAGAUAAGAUUUAUCUUUUAUACCAAUAAAAAAGAUGUACACUUAUAUUAAUAAUAUAUCAAUAAAGUAAUAUGAAAAACAUGUGCCUAUAGUAUAUAUGUUAUGGACUGCUUGGAUAUUGUUUCAUAGAUUAGAAAGAAAGGUGAAAAAAAAGAGGUGCAUAGAGAUAUAUAUUGUGAUCUGGUUUGGGUUAGCUAGGGUGUUGAAGAACUGCUUUAAUUUACAUAG